GCCUUGCCGAUUUCGAAAUUUUUCGAACAAGCUGACAGAUGUCACUGUCACUUUUUGAUCAUCGGAUGACAGCUUUCUUGGAACAGUUUUCCAUUUUCUUUCUGCUGAACCGCUGUGAUUCUUGUACGAGUGCUUGGAAGAAUUCCAUUUGUGUGUUAUUUUGGGAGAACUGUAAAACACCAAUAAACCAUCAAAAUGUCCGACCCGGCCCCACGUCCGAUGAAGUUCCCCUACACCUUCUCGGCCCAGAUUGCACAGUUCCCGAUCCAGCACUAUUUCAAGAAUCAGUGGAUCUGGCGCUAUUAUUUCAUCGCCUUCGGCGUGUCUAUCCCGCUAUUCUACAAAAUCAGCAAAUUGGCCAACUCGCCCGGAAAUGUUGCCAAAUGGGCCGAGUCGAAGCGCAAGGAACACGCCGAACAUCAUUAGGAAUGUAAUUUCUACAGCAUAAACACAUGCUACCAUGAAGGAUUAGGAUAACAGAUACCAUUUCCGUAAUUAAUCUUUGAAGAGCUACAAUACAUGUUGAAAUCGACUAA